AAAGAAAGGUGUACACGAUGCAUUGGGGGUUUCAGCUGCUACGGUAGCGUAUCUUAUGUGUGUGGUUGUCACAGCAUAUUUUUUUGUGAUAGCUAUCGACACCCAGUUGCCGUGACGGACGCUCCACUCUUCUCGUUUUCCUCCUAGAUCGAUGUUUUGCAAACACUUGUCCAGAUGGCUGGCCUAGGAAGAAACGAUUCAAAGAAACUGACUUCACUGUUACUACAGCCACCGAACUCAAGCUUCUCGUGGAAUGACGUGCCCAGUGGAAAUAUUCUCAUGCCAGUGACUCAAAUGGAACCUGGAACAGAAGAUUGUGCAGAUGCAGAUACUUUCCUGGGUCAAGAGCCGAAUAAGGCACAGCAGUUUCCCACAGCAUCUGAAAAGGGGGGGGCCAGUGCGGCUGACUCUUUGCCAUCAGGACCAUUCUCACAGCUGCAGCAGCCCCUGCGACCACCACCAGCUCAGAUGCAGGCACCACCACUGGCACAGUUUGCUGGUGCACCACCAGUGGCUCCAGCAGAGAACAUUUCAGCAGUGCCUGACACAACCUUCCAGAUGUCACAGCCAAUGCCAGAUCAAACAAGUCCUGCUCUCGCACCUCCUCCCAUGGGUCCACCCAUGAACUUCCACCGCCAGAGCCCCUUGACCCAUGCUUCUUUCCUGCGUCAGACAGCCCACUCCUCGCACACAAUGGCACCAGGGCCAGGCAUUGGUGCAACCCUGCCAGUUGGCCAGUCUCAAGAGGCACUUUCAUAUCAGGGACCUAGCCAGAAUGGUCCACCACCGCACAACUUCUAUGCUUCGUCGUCCCAGGCUGAUGCUUUCUCACACGGCCCUUCUUUCACUGCUACUACUCCUGCUUCCUUUGAGCAGCCACAGCAUACAUACAUGCCUGACCAUGCCCAGCUGCCUGUGUCUCCACCAGAUGCUACUUAUGUUCCUGUGAGGCCUCACUGGUUUUACAAUAAGGAGAUUGAGAACAAAGUUGUAUGGAUACCUUUCUCUCUAUUAGACUCAACCAACCUGGAGGAAGCAUCUGCUAGGUUGGCUUUUGGCAGUGAAGUUGUGGUGACCACCGAUGGUGGAAGGUAUGAUGUGGAUGUCGGUGCUCGGUUGCGUCGCCCAGUGUACUGGGAUGAAACACCCAGCCAGGUGCGGCGUUGCACCUGGUUUUACAAGCUGGAAGGCCAGAACCGCUUUGUUCCCUACGAAGAGCCUGUGGCCUUUAUAUUAGAAGACCAUUACCGAAAGGCUAUGGCCUCGGGAUGUUGGCACCAAAAAUUGGAACUGCCUGGGAACCAGACAGUCGUCAUGCACAAUUCCAGUGUAAUGGUGCACUUUCUGCCUUCAAGCCACCCAGACGAGUGGGGAAAUGUUAGUGAAGGUCAGACACGGCCUCGGGUUGUAAAGAGAGGCAUUGAAGAUGUUGACACUAUUGAGGAAGGCGAGCCCAGCCAUAUUGAUCACCUGGUCUUUGUAGUGCAUGGUGUGGGUUCCGUGUGUGAUUUUCGCUUUCGCUCGGUUGAAGAGUGCCUUGAUGAUAUUCGGCACAUAUCUCUUGGGCUCAUCAAGAGUCACUUUAGUCUACCCUCUCAGGAGGGUAAUAUUGGGCGCAUUGAGUUCCUGCCAGUCUCAUGGCACUCAACAUUGCACAGCGAUGCCACAGGCAUUGAUAGUGCCCUCAAGCACAUCACUCUCAGGAGUAUCCCGAAGCUGCGUCACUUUACUAAUGACACACUUCUUGACAUCCUUUUCUACACUAGCCCUGUGUACUGCCAAACCAUUGUUGAUACUGUGGGCUCAGAGAUUAACAGGUUGCACAGCAAGUUCAUGGAACGCAACCCUGGUUUCAAAGGCACUAUUGCACUAGCAGGCCACAGCCUCGGAUCCCUCAUUUUAUACGACAUUUUGUCCCAUCAGAGUGACACAAGCUCCCAGUCAAGUUCCACAGAUGUCUUUGUUGAUUCUCCUAAGGCUGAGCUAACACCAUCACCCACAUCUACUCACACAUCUGAAGAGGUAUCAGACCUCCUGCAAAAUGCUGACAAGGAUGUCUCUGUAGAAUCUGUAUUUCAAGAACUCAUGCUUGGUGACUACAUUGCCAAGAUUCACGAGGAGAAGAUUGACAUAGAAACCCUGAAAAUGUGCUCUGAGGGGGACCUUAGAGAAAUGGGCCUGCCCAUGGGACCACGUAAAAAACUCCUGUCUUACAUGAAGGACCUCUCUGAGAAACAGAGUCAGCACAAAGCACACCUUGCCCAGCCAGCCAAGGCAGCACCUCAUCAGCAGGUCUCACUCAGCCCUCAGACCUCAGUUAAUUCGCAACCUGGUCGCAAGCGUGAAAGUGUGGCCUCAGUCAACUAUAAUAUGGGCAUGGCUGGCACUGGCCAGCUCUCCGUGAGCUAUCCAAAGAUAAACUUCCAUCCGAGCUGCUUCUUUGCCUUAGGAUCUCCUAUUGCAAUGUUUCUGGUAGUACGUGGCAACGAGACCCUUGGUGAGGACUUCAGGUUGCCAACUUGUCCAGCUUUCUUCAACAUCUUUCAUCCGUUUGACCCUGUGGCAUACCGCAUGGAAACCUUGAUUGACCCCAACUUUACAGCGUGUCCUGUUUUGAUUCCCCACCACAAAGGUCGCAAGCGAAUGCACCUUGAGCUUAAAGAGAGUCUUAGUCGAAUGGGUUCGGACUUGAAGCAACGGUUCAUGGAUUCAAUCCGAUAUACGUGGAACUCGCUCAACGAAUUUGCACGUGCUCAUCGCUCCUCUCCGGCACAAAUGGAGGAAGAAGUGAAUCGUGUGCCAGAGGAAAUAAGCCGUCAGACUGAUGCAGCUGAGGUUGAGAGCACAGUGACUGUGUCCGAUUUGCAAGGUAUAGAAGACAUUGGUGUUGGUCAGCUAAAUGGUGGAAGACGCAUUGAUUACGUCCUUCAAGAAAAGCCCAUAGAGAGCUUCAAUGAGUACCUGUUUGCCUUGGCUAGCCAUGCCUGCUACUGGGAAUCUGAGGACACAGUGCUGCUAAUAUUGAAAGAACUCUACGCCUUGCAAGGAUUUGCGCCACAGCUGGCAACUGGUCGCUCUGCUUCUCAACCCAAGAUGCACUUGUACAACCCAGCUGCACCACUGGGUAACACCAGUGUAGCUGUGCCACCACCUCCUAUGAGUUUGCCGUCACCACCAAACAAUACUGUUUCCCCCAGUGGUGUACCACCCUUACCUCCUGACGGACUGAGCCCCCCACCCCCAUUGCAGGGAUUUGUGCGCGUGUCUCCUCUCACUCGAAAGUAGGUGCUGUCCCACUUCCCUGGCAAUACCCGAGCAGAGACGUUCUGUUGCACUGCAAGUAGGCCCAGCCAGCAGUACUCCUCCAGUCUUUCGUUGAUGGCUUUGUGCUCCCUUGUGAAGUGCCUGUGCUGUCAGAUGCUUCCUGUAGUUUGUUUUAAUGGGCAGUGCAAUGAACCUGCACUUUGGUAAAUUUGGAAAUAGCUGCACCCUUAGAACAAUGAAUCAUUAGCACGGGUCACAGACUGCGUUACAUGCUUGACUUGGCACUUGAGCCAGAAGAGGCAGAGAAGGUGGCAUUCAUGUGCAGCAUACUAGCUGAAAGCUGCAAUCCUUUUUUUUUUCUUUUUUGCAUAAAGUGCUAAAGGUUGUAGUGUGUGCAGCUUGAUCAAUGAACCCUGGCAUCAAAAGUUUUAUGGCCAGGAUUGAACUGGCUUCCUGAGGAAUUGACCAAUGAACUGAAACUGCAGACCUUUUUUUCUUUUGUGAAUUGGAGCCAUUGAAGUUUUCUUUUUACAGUGCAAUAAAAUUUGCACUUUUUCAUACAUAACGCCUUUUCAACUUUUUUUAUUAGGUGGGAAAGUUUGCACUAGAUGCACUAAAGUCAGUAUAUCUUGUGCAGUUGAUCAAAACUGAGGCAGCCGUAGUUUUUAUGAUAGGUCCAAAUUGUAAAUAUUUUUCUGGCAUGUCUUUUUUUUUUUUCUGACCAUUGAAUAAUGCAGAACCUAGUUAUAAGCUACAAAUAUGUUGAUUUCGUCCAACCCGAGUGACCAUAUUCCACUGCCUGCAUAGAAUAAUAUGGCUUCCUACUAGGGAAUAGUGUUUGUGAGGCCACAAGCAAGUAUAAAAUAUUUUAAUCAUUUUACCUGCACUUGUUGUCAGUGAAGUAUGCCAUCACAGGAAAAUAUUUAGGAUGUGCAGCAUCAACUGAUUUGAAGCUGGAAAGGAGCAGAUGCGAGAGCUAUGAAAGUACCAGGGGGGAAAAAAAAAAAAGUGUGACUGCUCAAUAUGAAGUGGACGAAGAAGCGAGCCAUGAAAGAGAGGUGUCAUAAUUGUUCUUUGAUGAAUAGUGUUAAGUGGUCCUUCCCCUGCAGUUUCAUUUUAUUGCACAACAUCCAAGCCAAAGGACUGCUUUGCCUUUGAACAUUGUCCUACUGGCAUGGUGAAUUGAGGUGCAUUAGUCUAGCACACUUGACUGCUCUUAUUCUGUUGUGCUAUGCGUAUGUGCUUGCGCAAAAUGUACACUCGCAGUGCCACAAUGAAAGGGAACACCAGACUCCCAUUUCAAGUGGUAAUAUUUUUCUUAUGUCUACUCAAAUAAGGUUCCAAGAGUUGUGUGCAUGGCAGAUAGGAGUGAGCAAUUUUCCGGCUUGUACGGUUUUAUUAAAAAGGAUUGCUGUUUAAACACAUUACUCUAUGGUUGCUUUCAUAUGGGCGCUGAGUGAACAUAUGACAGUUUUUGCGUGUUGCACUUGCCAUUAUGCAAGGAAUCCUUCCUUCUAGCCCCAUCUACGCUUCGUAUGCAUUUCUUAGAGUGACCCUUCGUUUUGGAAUGAAGAUAACUGUUGUGCAACCUUGUGCCUAGCAGAAUAGCCAAGCCUGAAAUUGAGGUUGGCUUCACCUUUUAGAGGGUGUAAACCACAGUGACAUCUUAAUGAGGUAGCUGAUUAAGUAAAUAAAUGGCUUCUGAAAGUGAUCACAUACAGUGGCAAGCGAGGUCUACAAACAGGAUACAUUCACUUUUUACUUUUGUAUAGGCUGCACCAGCAUUCAAGGAAGUUGUGGCUCUUACAUAAAAAUACGUAUUAUCUGGAAACCAUUAAUGCAGUGAACACUCAAUUUUCACAGAAUCGUCCAGGAUGUUUAGAUUAAGUUCAUUAUAUGCUGGCUUUGACAUUUUCAACUCAAACCAGAAAUACUUGUAUGGAGCUGUGCAUAUUCAAGAUCCAUUGUCUGAAUGGCAUUUAUAAAAAUUGCUCUUAGUGGGCAGUGCUGUAGGCCAUAUGAAAGGUAUUUUCACACUUAGUUCCGUGUACAUAAUGUGGAUGUGUUCAAUGUACUUUAAAAGGGUUUUUAACAUGCUACAAUGAGUCCCCUCCUGCUCUAAGCAAGCUUGCCAUGUCUAAGAAGAAUUUGUUGAAAGUGCCUUGUGGCAAAAAGUGUGCAGGUGCACAAAUAAAUUGCAAUUUGAACAGUG